CAAACUGCUUCUACAAACAUUUGUAAAAGACUGUGCAAUAAGUCCAUCCGUGAAAUUUCCUUGCUACUAAAUAUUCCACGGUCAACUGUUAGUGGUAUUAUAACAAAGUGGAAGCAACUGGGAACAACAGCAACUCAGCCACAAAGUGGUAGGCCACGUAAAAUGACAGAGCGGGGUCAGCGCAUGCUGAGCACACAAUGCACAGAAGUCGCCAACAGUCACUUCAUGAAAUGGAUUUCCAAAGCCGAGCAGCUGCAUCCAAGCCUUACAUCACCAAGUGCAAUGCAACGUGUUGGAUGCAGUGGG